CUGUUCCACGAUAUCGAAAGAACACGUUCGCACAACUUUUACACGACAAACAGCUGAUUUCCGUUCCACUAAAAUCCAUCAGAACGAAAAUUUGCACGAAAAUCAAUGCGAACGAAAACGUAAGCGUUUCAGUGUAAUUUUGCGUUCCACUAUCUUUUUUCUUUCGUACGCAUGCGAACACAAAUGUCAAAAUCAGUCACUUGUGUGUUUGCUGUCGUACGAUAACAAUUAAGGAAAAUCUGUUUUAAAACAUAAACAUUGCUUAAUUGAAAAUGGAAACAAAAAUCACGAAAAAAUCAUCAACUACACAGCUGCGGGCACUAGUUGAGUAUAUGGAGGAGAAUCCCGAGUUUGCCAGAGGAGUGCCAAUUUUUGGAAGCAGCAGGCAAUCCCUGGAGGACCACUGGAAGAAGUUAGUUUUUAAAUUAAAUACCAUGGGUCCUCCUUCCCGCACAAUUGCAGAGUGGAAAAAGACGUGGGCCGAUCUAAAAUCCCGCACCAAAAAGAAAAUUGCGGAAAAUAAAAAAGGGCUGCAAGUUACAGGUGGUGGUUUAUACCGGUUUGAGUGCCUAACGGAGCUGGAAACAGCAAUUGACCGGACACUCUUCUUGUCGAAGUCCGCAGCACCAAGUGGUAAAACUUUUGGCUACGCGGACGAAAUAGAUUACUGCUUCGAGGCAUUGGAUACCACACCAUCAAGACCAUCCAAGACCGUAGCAGUGGUAACACCUACCAGGCAGUUCAGUUCCCCAGAAUCACAUACCCAACAACAACAAAUAAACGUAAAAACCUGUACCAUCACAACUCAACAAUACCAACCACCAGCCAAAAGACAAAAAAUCUCACCCCAUUUUUUUUUUAUUUUUUUGACAGUCAAUUGUCCGCAGCAGCUGUGUCGAUACGACUACCUGUACUAUUUUACCAUGAUUAUUAUUAAUGAUAGGUUCAUACAGGCUAAGUGA